AUGAAGAUUUUCUCCAAGAUCCUCGCUUCUCAGCUAGCUUCUAUCCUUCCUUCCAUCAUUUCAGAGGAGCAAGGGGCUUUUGUAAAAGGGCGAUCCAUCGUGGAAAACAUUUCCAUUGCAAGGGAAAUGACCCACAAGUUGGAUCGAAAGGUAUUUGGUGGCAACAUGAUUGUUAAGCUUGACAUGGAGAACGCUUACGACCGGGUGGAGUGGUCGUUCCUUGCUCAGCUUCUCCAGAAAUUUGGGUUUGAACAAAGAUGGAUCUCCAAGCUCAGUGGUGUUGAACGGGUUCUCGGCAGGGGCAUCCGAAACCUUUUCACAUCUGGAGCCUGCCACCCCUUCAAGCUCCCUCAGCACUGCCCUUUACUAGCACAUUUAUUUUUGGCACAUGAUGCUAUCCUGUUUAUGAAUGGCAAGCUAAAGACGGUGCGUGCCCUUCUUCGGUUCAUAGCUGCCUACGAGCAAGCAUCUGGCCAGAAAGUGAACUUCAGCAAAUCUUCAUUCAUCCUUCCAAAGAAAGCAUCUCUGGCCAAAGCUCACAAAAUUCGGGAUGUAACGGACUUCAAGCAGGCUUCUUUUCCGUGUACAUACCUGGGUGUCCCUUUGAUGAAAGGAAAAAUCAGAUCUGCUCCUUUGCUCCCUCUGAUUCACAAAAUUUUGGGGAGGAUUGAAGGCUGGAAAGCUCGGAUUCUCAAUCCUGCGGCUAGAAUGAGCCUGAGGGACAGCCCUGUCCCGAUGUCUAGUAGGGAGGAUACGCUGGCUUGGGAUCUCACCGCCAGCGGCAACUUCUCUGUAAGCUCAGCCUAG